AUGUUUCUGUUUCACCGCGCCACACGUGACAGGAAACAGCACAUCAGUGAUCCGUGUGGAUCGGCACCGGGCCGCGGCGUGGCUGACCUCAGGGCCGCCGACUACCCUCCAUCUGAUUCUCUUUGGUCCUGUCACUGUCCAGAGUCCGUCAGGCUGAACGGGACCAACCGGUGCUCAGGCCGACUGGAGGUGAAGUCCGACGAGUCGUGGUCAUCGGUGUGUGAAGGGGAGUUUGACCAGCAGGUUGCAGAGGUGGUCUGCAGGGAGCUGGACUGUGGGGCUCCUUCAGUCCUCCAGGGGGCGCUCUAUGGAGAAGUGGAGGCUCCAGUGUGGAGCAGAGAGUUCCAGUGUGAAGGAAAUGAGUCUCAUCUCCUGGAGUGUCACAGAUCAACCUGCUCAUCCGGCCGAGCACUUGGACUCACCUGCUCAGGUCCACGCAGAGUCAGGUUGGUGGGAGGAGCCAGUCGCUGCGCUGGUGAACUGGAGAUGAACCACCAGAGAGAGUGGAGACCAGUGACUGUCGGGGUUGGAUGGAACCAGAUAUCAGCAGAUAAAGUUUGCACACAUCUGGAUUGUGGAUCUGCUGUUUCAACAAAAGUUACAGAUAAUUCUCCAUACAGACGUGUGUGGUGGAUCGAUAACGACUGUGUCCAGUCCGAAUCUGCACUCAGGGAAUGUGUGAAGCUGACUGAUCUUUAUAAAACCAAGAAAGGCCAUGAAGUUAUCUGCUCAGGUUUGCUGGUUCAGCCAAACGUCUCCGUCUCGCCCAUUGUUGGGGUCUCCAGAGCCGAGCAGCAGGGGUAUCAUGUGCUCCUGGGCUCCAGCUUCACCGUCACGUGUUCUACUGAACCACAGUACCAAGGAGGCUCCUUCCACCUUCUCUUCACCACCUCCGACACGGCACACAACUACACCCUGCCGGCUGUCAAUCACUCCGCCCACUUCCUGUUCCCUGCUGCGAGCAGCGCCCACCGAGGGGACUACACAUGUGUUUACCACGCCUACGUUUUCUCCUAUAACUUCUCUUCCGAGAGCCGGCCUCUCCAUGUCAUUGUCUCAGCUUCUGUGACUGAUCUGAUCAUCAGAUGUGUCGUGGUGCUGCUGCUUCUGACGGUGUCGACCCUCAUCCUCUACUUCCACUUCAAGGCCGAAGGACGCCGGAGGAGACAGAGGCCUGAGACUCGUCAGCGCCCCCGCAGGUCAACAGCUGCAUCACGCGUCAACGUAGAGUAAAAGGAUCACAGCCGCAAUGGAAGAAGCUUCAGAUGGAUUUCAUCCAGAUAUUGAAUAUGUGUCAAUGUACAGUAUCAAAUGAUACACAUAUAGAUAAUCGGCGGACUGGUCCUUCAAAUUCAUAUCAGUGGUUUUGGAAGUGGAGUUUGAGGCAAAGUUGCAGCACUUAUUGAAUAUUUACACUCAGCUUAUUGUCAGUUGUGGUUAAAUGUAUUGUUUUAAACAUAAG